UCAAAAAAUUAUAAACUCAUGAAAUAAGUAACAGUUGUACUGUACUUGCUUCCCCGACCGAUGCAUGCCGGAAGUGCUUGGAAAGUGCAAUUUCCAUCUUUUGGACUUGGAUCCUUUUUUUUUUUUUUUUUAAUGAUUUUUUUUGCCUGAAUUCUCAGUGGUCAUAAUAUCUGCAUGAAACACAUUUGCGACUUCCUAGUCGUAUUCUGCAUGUUCUCGGCACCCGCACUGUGCGGCUGCGGUGGCGUGUUUAAGUUUGCCGUCUAUUGCUGCGUCCAACGUAAAGAUAAUCACACUUGACUAAAUCAAAUCAAAUCUUCUUGAUGGACUUUGGGCACUGACUUUUGAUGAUUUGCUCAGUGGGCGUUUCCAAGAUUCAGAAUGUGGGGCAUUUGCAGCAGAAUGGUCAAGGCGGGCGUUGCGAAACCCGGUGGCUUGGUCAAACCUUGCCACUUGGUGAAGCCAGUUUCAGCAACCCGGAUCACUGGGAGAUACUUGACCCACCAGAAGGGGUUGCCCACUUUGCCUGUUCCUCCUCUGCAUCAGACCUUUGAGCGCUACAUCACAGCUCUGGAGCCCAUCGUGGAGGUGGACGAGUUGAUGCACACAAAGGAACUUGUGAAUGACUUUCAGAAACCUGGAGGUGUUGGUGAAAAACUGCAGAGAGGCCUGGAGAGGAGAGCGCAAAAUGCAGAGAAUUGGUUGUCAGAAUGGUGGGUGCAGGUCGCUUACCUUGACUACCGUUUGCCGGUGGUGAUCCAUUCGAGUCCCGGCUUGGUUUUACCUCGAAUGAACUUCAGUGAUAAGCAGGGACAAAUCAGGUUUGCUGCCAAACUGAUUGCAGGUGUUUUGGAAUUCAAGACAAUGAUUGACAACGAGACCAUACCGGUGGAGUACCUGGGAGGGAAGCCACUGUGUAUGAAUCAGUACUAUGAAGUGCUCUCGUCCUGCCGUAUCCCUGGUCUGAAGAGGGAUGCUGUGGUGAACCAUGCAAAAAGCUCCAGGCCCCCGAAACAUAUCACCGUUGUCCACAAUUUUCAGUUCUUCAUGCUGGACGUUUACAACCGUGAUGGAACACCGCUGACGACCGAACAGCUCUGUGUUCAGCUGGAGCGGAUCUGCGACGCCUCCCUAACGCCCAGCGCGGAGCCUGUGGGCAUCCUCACCACCCAACACCGUGACACCUGGGGCAAGACUUACGCUGACCUCAUCAAGGAUCGGACCAACAAAGAGUCGGUGCUGGCUAUUCAAAGGAGUAUAUUCACGCUGUGUUUGGAUGGGCCGAUGCCUCAAGUGCCAGAGGACGCUUAUCGCAGCUGCGCGGCAGUGCAGAUGUUGCACGGAGGCGGCAGUUUGUGGAACAGCGGCAACCGCUGGUUUGACAAAACACUGCAGUUCAUUGUCGGGGAAGACGGGACAUGCGGGGCCAACUAUGAGCAUGCCCCAGCAGAGGGCCCACCCAUUGUAGCUCUGAUUGACCAUGUGGUGGAAUACACGAGGAAGCCAGAGAUGGUUCACUCUCCCACUGUGCCUUUGGCUACGCCCCAAAAGCUCCACUUCAACAUCACCCCUGAGAUCAAGAAGGAUAUCGAAGAGGCCAAACAGAAAAUGAAUGAACUGGCUAAUGACCUGGAUAUGAGGGUUAUUGUGUUCUCCCACUUUGGAAAAAACAUUGCAAAAGCCCACAAAAUGAGCCCCGACGCAUUCAUACAGGUGGCAUUACAACUGGCUUACUACAGAAUGUAUCAGCAUUGUUGCGCGACCUAUGAAAGCGCCUCCCUGCGUAUGUUUCGACUUGGUCGCACCGAUACGAUCAGAUCAGCCUCGAGUGCCUCUGCUGCUUUUGUGAAGUCCUUCGAUGAUCCAAACAAGCAGAACACUGAGAAGGUGGACCUCUUGGAGAAAGCUGUCGUAGCACACAGGUCAUAUACAAACCUGGCAAUCAGCGGUCAAGCUAUUGACCGACAUCUACUUGGGCUGAAGAUGCAGGCUGCUGAAGAAAAGAUCUCAAUUCCCGAUGUCUUCAAAGAUCCCUCCUAUGCCAAAGCCUUACACUACCGUUUAUCUACAAGUCAGGUGCCGUCCAAGACUGACUGCGUCAUGUGUUUUGGCCCCGUUGUACCGAACGGAUAUGGCGUCUGCUACAAUCCCAUGAACGACCACAUCAACUUUGCCGUAUCGUCUUUCAAUGGGUGUCAAGAAACAAACGCGGCCGAUUUGGCUCAAGCUAUGGAGAGCGCACUCGUCGACAUGAGGACACUGCUGGAACAAACUCCCAGAGCCAAACUGUGAUGCUUGCUCUCGAUCGCGAAUCAGGUUUAGUGAGCGCUGGGGAACAAAAAACUUGAAGGAAGCGGUCUCGUUUCACAGGUGAUAAAAGUACACACUUUUUUCGAGAUGAUUUAAAAAAUUUUUUUGACAUAUCAUGAAUCUUGUCCAGCUCGUUCACACGAGUCCAAUGAUUGCUACUGUAAAAAAAAAAAAUCAUAAUUGAACACAACUAAGUAAUUUACUUGCAGUCUGUCUUUGAACACAAGUUUGAAGCACAGUCAACCAUAAAAGUCAAAUUAGUGAUGUUUAUAAUGCCUGAAAAUAUCGCAUGACACAGAAACGCCUCUACUCUCUGCAAGACGUACCUUUGCGCUGCAGAUAAAUUAUGGGCUAGCGGUCAAAUAUUUAUUUUGUUUUUUCCCCUUAUCCCGACUUGAAAAGAUUUUAUUGUCCUACUUGCCAGUUUUAAAAGACUCACUUAUGCCUUGACUGAAGUUGUCACUUGACACGGUCCGCAUGGAUAUAUACUUUGAAUGGCCAGUUAUUUAUUUUUUUUUUUUGUGACACGGCAGGAUGUAUUUUUGUGUGUUUAAUGAAAUUGUGUAAACGACACAUGUCAUAUGAUCAAGAGUUGACCAUUACUGUAUGAGCAUUUGCAACAUUUUAUUGUAAAGGAACGUGCUCAGAUGUGUUAGUCGUGCAGAUAACAGUGCCCUCCAAAAGUAUUGGAACAGCAAGGUCAAUUCUUUGGCUUUUGUGAAGACAUUGGGUUUCGGAUGAAAUGAACAUCAGACAAAAGUUCCGAGUUCAGGCUUUUAGUUCAUGUUAUUGACUGAGGAAUUAAAGGACUCAGGAGAGAGCACCUUUUUCGGGGCUCUUAACAGCGAACCGCCGCCAGGCUUCCCCUUUCUGUCACCCCCUAUUGGUCAUUGUUUUGCCUUUGUUCCUCUGUUGUCACUGGGCAACUCAAUUUCUUUUUUUUUUGUUUGUGAACAUACUUGGCCAAUAAUUUUGAUUCUUUUCUUUGAAUGCGCUUUUCAAGUUUGCAAUUGUGUUUUGUUAUUGUGCAAGUCAAGAAUUAAAAAAGUGAAAAACU